CAUGGCCUGCUGCAGCUACAACUGGAGGCAAGAAUGACACCGGCUCUCCCCUGCAACAAGACAGCCUGAUCGUAAGAACGGAUAUAUUUUUAUUUCUAGAUUUGACAAAUUACACACAAUGAUGGCGCGUGUCAUUGCACCUUCACGGACACGUUUUAUCGAGACUGCUUUCACAUUCAUUGCACUAUGGGGCUGUGCGCUUUCCAUCACUCGGUACUCUAUUCCGGAGGAGAUGGAAGAGGGCUCCUUUGUUGCCAACCUGGCCACAGAUUUGGGUCUGGAUGUUCGCAGUUUGGUGCAGCGCAGCGCAAAACUCGAUGUCAUUCACAGCAAAAAUUACCUUAACAUCAACAAAGAAACAGGGGAGCUGCUAAUCCGCGAGAAGAUAGAUCGGGAGAGUAUAUGCAUGACUAAAACAACCUCGUGCUUUCUGAAAAUGGAUGUCAUACUUGAAAACCCAAUUCGUAUUUUUAACAUUGAGUUAGAAAUCAUGGACAUCAACGACAACGCGCCUGUGUUCCGCAGGAAGACAAUGCAUUUGGACAUAUCAGAGGCAACCCCUCCCGGUGAGAGAUUUUCAUUGACAAACGCCGUGGAUGCGGACGUGGGGGCGAACUCUAUCAAAACGUACUAUCUCAGCGAAAGCAAGUACUUCAUCAUCGACAUACAAACGGGCAGCGAUGGCUCCAAAUAUGUCGAUUUAGUGCUGAACGGUGAUUUAGAUCGGGAGGAGCAAGCGGUUCAUAAUUUGAUUUUAACCGCUGUAGAUGGAGGGGUGCCUCCCCGCUCCGGCACAGCCAGCAUCGUUAUUAACGUGCUUGAUAUCAAUGACAACGCCCCCCUCUUUAGUCAGCCGUUAUUUGCAGUGAAUGUGUCAGAGAACUCGGCUGCAGGAACACUGGUCCUGACCUUAAAUGCAACAGACUUGGAUGAAGGCACAAACGCUCAGUUGACAUACUCAUAUACACUGUACACCUCCGAGAAGACUCAAGAGCUCUUCUCACUUGAUUCAAACUCUGGCGAGAUCAAGGUGAAAGGGGUGAUUGACUAUGAGGAGAGUCAGAGUUUUGAGAUGCACAUACAGGCCCAGGAUGGAGGGGCAAACCCAAAGUCCGGGCACUGUAAAGUCACUGUGUUUGUCACAGAUUUGAACGAUAACUACCCUGAGGUGACCAUCAAGUCUGUGAAAAUUGCCCUGACUGAGGAUGUGUCUGUGGGGACGCUGAUUGCGGUGGUCAGUGUCAGCGAUGGCGACUCUGGGGACAACGGUCAAGUUGAGCUUACUUUGAAUCAGCAAGAAUCCUUACCAUUCCUACUGAACAAAUCCGCAGAGGGUUACUUUGAGCUGCUUGUUUCAAAGCCACUUGACAGAGAAAAAGUUAGCAAAUAUGACAUCACACUGAGGGUGACGGACAAAGGCUCACCGCCCCUAGCUGAAAACGAAACCAUCACGUUAGAAAUUCAUGAUGUCAAUGACAAUGCACCCACGUUUCCCAAGUCCUUUUACACAAUCCAUGUAAUGGAGAAUAACCAACCAGGGGCCUUAUUGACAUCUCUGAGUGCGUUUGACCCAGAUCUCAAUGAAAACCAGUACUUGGUUUAUUUUAUAAUGGAGAAAGAGAUUGUUAACACGUCUAUGUCAAUGCUGUUCUCCAUCAACCCAGAGAACGGAGAUCUUUAUGCCCUGAAGACCUUCGACUAUGAGCGAGAGAGGGAAUUCCUUUUCCACAUAGAGGCUAGGGACUCUGGUGUUCCACCGCUGAGCAGCAAUGUGACAGUUCACAUCAUCAUUCUGGACCAAAAUGACAACAAGCCUCUCAUAGUGGCGCCUUGGCGGGAGAAGGGCACUCUCGUAGAGGAGGUGAUACCGAGGUCCACCGAUAAGGGGCACCUGAUCACCAAAGUGAUCGCCAUUGAUGCCGAUUCUGAGCAGAACGCUAGGGUCACAUAUCAGCUCCUGCAGAUCAGCGACUCGACCCUCUUCAGCCUGGAUCAGUACAACGGGGAAAUCCGGACGACGAGAAUGUUCAGUUACAGAGACCCAAGGCAACAGCGGCUGGUAAUUGUCGCCAAAGACAACGGCGACCCUUCUCUCUCCGCCACCGUGACCAUCAAGGUAUCAACGGUGGAAAACGCCAUGUCCUUUUCAGAGACCACAGAGUUGCCACUAGAAUAUGAUGUCUUCACAGACCUAAACCUGUACUUAGUAAUCGGGUUAGGGGCUGUGUCGUUUCUGCUGCUGAUAACCAUCUUGGUUAUUAUUGUGCUGAAGUGUCAGAAGCCUAAGCCAAAGGCAUUCCAGAUGCCCCCACCCAACAGGAACAGUGUGAUCAGCAGGAACAGCAUGAUCAGCCAGAGAAGCUCCACCAUCGCAGAUUCCACCCUGAUCUCCAGCGAUGCCUACUGGUACAGUUUGUUCCUCGCAGAGACCAGAAAAGGGAAGGUGGUCGUGAGACAGCCGAUAAUUCCCAAAGGAGCUGGGUAUUUUGUGUCCAGCAUACCCAGGAGCAUAGGGCCAAGUGAGACCACAGACUCCAGAGCAUCGACACUGGAGUACUCAAAAUGAAAGGAAGUCCAUUCUACAACUGGAGCAACCCAGAAGAGAACUGCCAUGAUAUAAUCAUCUCUUCAUGGGAGUCUCUGGCUGAAAUUCUUCCCUGUGACUCACAAAGACGACUGUCCUCCCUCUCUGUCCCUCGGCUCCCAUUUCUCUCAAGCUCCUCCGAUCCCACCGUACAAACAUCGACCACGAACCACCUCAGCUUUCUACCUUCUUUUCUCUUCUAAGCAUGGGUCUGCAUGAUUCUACAAGAAAAAUAUUUGGACAUAGAAUUGAAAUCAUUGAUGGCAGGGUAUUUGGACAUUUCUAGAGUUGCCUCAUGUAGUAAAUCUUUCCUUCCUUAACGCUUUGAAACUCCUCAGUGGACAUCUUUGCCUUUUCUCCAGGGUUUUUAUGCUGUGUGCUGUAGUUCUAGAAACCAUCAGUGGCUCACCAUAUGCGCAAGUCGUCGUCAUUCAACUUCCUUUUCACUAAGGGUUCAAAACACGCCUAUUCACAAAGACUCACAUUAAUCAGGGUGAAUAUGUUUCUUCCGUAAAUAUGAUAAAUACCGAACUGUAGCUUGUUACGUCACCGAUUCAGGCUUUGCACUUGGUGUUUAUCUUUUUUGAACAAUACUUUUUACUGUAUUAAGAGUCUUGCCGUUGAGCAGGCUGUCAAAUGGUUACUUGCCGAUAAAAUAAUCAAUGCUCUGAUUUUUUUUUACAAUGUUUGUUAUUCUCAACAGUAAUGAAUGUGUGAAAAUGACAAAAAAAGAAUGAAAGAAAGCUGAAAAAUGGAGAAAAAAACAAAAAAAACAUAGGAGAUACAUUGUUUCUCUUUUAUUUUGAUUGUAGAUAUUGUAGCUCUAUAGAAAUUAUAAUGAGAAAGAAUUUUUACCCGUAUAAUGACAAUUUUUAUCUGGCUUUAUUGGGGAAAAAUAUACUGCAAUAUUGAAUUUACUGAACUGUUGUCACAUUCAGAAUCUAGCAUAUCCUGUCUCCUCUUGCUGGGGAUGAGAGAGCCAGGGUAAAUGGGGGAGGUGCAUCCUAAGAUCAAGUUUCCUUAGUUGAAGGACCCUUUGACAUCACAAAAUGGGGGCGGGACCAGAAAAGCAUUCAAACAUGAUAAACUAUAUUUUUCAAAAGUGGGAAAAGUGUAUCAAGACUGUGCUUUUCACAAGUGUAAGCUAGUAUUGUCCCAAUUUAAUUACCAUUGAUUAAGCUGGCAGUAUUUACUGCAUCAUUCAUUGCACACAAAUGAAUCCAUUAAAAAAAAUAAAAAAACUUUACAAAGCAGUGGAAAUUUGACAGUAAAAUAUUUUGUAAUGAUAAAUACUCUUAGUUAUUGAAAAGAGUCAAACAUAUUUAAAUGUAUUAAUCUUUGCCAUGGUGCAAAGGAAUAUAAGGCAAGGUAUUGUUUUAUGAAUAUUCAUGUUUUUAUAGGUAUUUUAUGUAUUAACUUUUAAUGCUGCUUUUGUGAGCUUAUUACAGGGCAUUUUGUGUUGCUUCUUUGUAGUUUAGUGCAUAUGAUGUUGUUUUGAUAGUGUACAUAAGUUACAAUUAAGAACUAGAGUACUUUUGUUGACCUCAGAGGUAGCGCUGUUGCACUACUGUGAAGCCCAGGACUUUCCUUCCUCAGAAACAAGGAGCUCAUUAGGAUCUUAUUAGGGUGCUAAAUGAUAGAAUCUAAGUGGGCUUAUGGGAUCCUGAGAAUAGUGUUAGUUAUAGUUGCAGUAUUCUAAGUGAUGACUGCGAGAACACAUAGACAGUGCAGUAUUAAGCGAGUGACAGCACUCUGAAAUGUGCAUCUAAAUGUGAUCGCAGCACGCACACAGUAAUGCAGCGGAGGAGGAAUAUUUCUAGAAGUAUCGAGCUACAUAUUCUCGAGUCGGUGAAAUCAAACCCCUCUUUUCCUCUCCCACUGUUUCCUGGUGUUAGUGGCACACCAGGCUUCCCAGACAUAAACACAGCUGGUGGUCCGUCCAUAAGACUAAACACGUCGUCACGUAAUGAGGGAUCUCUUGCUGUGGGGUACACGUUAUGUGUGCAAUCAAUGUCUGAUUCCAACAGUGUUUAAAGAAUUAAUGAAUUGCACAUGCGAUGAGCUCCUUGCGUGCCUUCUGCUUUGUAAAAGAUAUACGUGACUGUUGAUGAAUGAAAAACAGGCAUGUCAUACAAUAUUACAAUUUACUGUCAGGGCUGGGUUGAUUCAAUAUGAUCAUUUAUUAUCUUUCAAUGGAAUCAGAUUGUGAGGAAAUCAUGUCUCAAUACGCAAUUGUGUUGUCCUGAUUGUCAAAAACAAGUACAUUUUAUUUCAAAUUUCAACGAAAAUUGAAAGUGAAAUAUUCAGAAAAUAAUAUUCAAUGAAUGCUGUUUUGUUUUUUAAAUUUUGCACUAAGGUUCUUAAUUACAUUUUUUGAAAUGCUCACUACUUUUCAUGUUUUUAAAGUGCGUAAUCCACACAGGAGUAUUAAAACCUUUACCACGUGGAUAUUUCUUAAAAACUAUUUUUUCUUUAUUGAAUUAACAGAAAACACGCUGUAUCAGGAUAAACAUUGCUAUUGAAAAAUGUUAUUAUCUAUGUCGCAAAACACAAGAUAUUAAAUGACAUAUCAUGAUAUAUAAGUAUGAAAUUAACUAUAUAUCGCGAUGUACGAGAUGUGAAAUGACAUCAUGAUAUACAAGUAUAAAAUUACCUAUAUCAGGACAUAUGAGGUAUGAAACGAUAUAUCAGAUCUAAAAUGACAUAUAUCAUGAUAUACACAAUCGUAAUUAACUAUAUCAGGAUUUACCAGACAUGAAUUUACUUCUAUCCGGAUAUAAUAUGUUAUAUUUAUUGCCCAGCCCUAGUUACAGUACCCCAGUGAUAAAAUACCUUGAUUGCUAAAGUGUUGUUGGAUAGGGGCUCAGCCUUUCGGGUUUCAAAACAGAUGUUCUAUUGAAAACCGGUAAAUGCAUUUACUGUAAAUGGAACCGCUUUAUACUUUGUGUUUUUUAUACAGUAGACUGUUUUGAUAUCUUCUGUCUUCACUGUGAUCAAAUGGCACAGGAGGUGCUUGUGCUUGGUAUAGUAAAAUUGUGUUAUUUCUCAUUUGUUAUACACAGCUCAGUUUUAUUUCACUGCUCAUUUGCCAGUCAGAUUGUACUGAAGAGUAUUCUUCGAGAGUCGCAUCAAACCUAAUCCAGUUCCGUCCCACUUAGUGGAUCAAAGAAAGUAUGGGAGAGAAUGGUCUUGCUUUAUUUUCAAGUCUAGUUAAUUGUCGAAUUUUGAUGUCGCUUAUUUGGCUUAAAUGUUCUGCCUGAUCAUGCUAGUUUGAAUAAAGCUUUUUAAUCUGUA